AUGGGGAAAGGAGGGACCAAGUUCUGCGGCGACGCGGUGGGGGUGCGGCUCAAGUCCGUAGGGUACACAUUGAAGGAUGCGAAGAAGGUGAGCAGCCUGUGCAUGCCACGCAUGUUGGCGUGGGACGAGGUGUUAGAAGUUGAGCGUCUGAAGACAAAGCAGGCCAAUGCCGUGGUGCUGCUGCCAGAGGCCAGCACCGCCCGGCCCCAUGUGUACAUGGAUCUGACGAUCAGCGGGAAGCCUGCAGGCCGCCUGGUCAUCGAGCUGUUUGAGGACAUAGCGCCUGGCCCUGCGGCGCUGUUCCGGAAUAGGUGUGCAGGGGCCUCCGCAGACUCCUUCCAGGGGUCACACAUCUACAAGCUGGUCCGGGAGCAGGCGGCGUGGGGGGGCCACCGCCCAAAGCGGACCAAGGCGGGCGUGCACAUUCGCUCGCACCCCUCCCUGCGCCACUCCGAGAAGGGAGCGGUCUCCCUCGCCCGCUCCGGCGCAGAUUUCCUGUGGGCCUUCAACCGAGCGCUGCACCUGGACGAAACGCACGCUGUGGUGGGACGGGUGACGGAGGCCAGCCUGCUGCUGCUGGACCGCCUAAAUGGCAGCGCCACGCAGCCGGACGACAGCCCCACCUCGCGUGUUGCGAAGCCCCGUGCCCCUUAUCAACCCAGGGAAGCUUUGGCCACGGGACUAGACCGAAAACGGAAGGCGGGGGAGGAGGAUGGUCGGCCAAAGGGCGUCGCGCCGGGCCGGAGGGGGAUGAUGGAAAGCUUACUGGGCGGGUCUGACAGCGACAGUGCGGCCAGUGACUCUGCCUGA